AUGGUCAUAAUUUUGUGUGAUAUUGUCAUUAAAAAAAUUGUAAAAAACGUGUCAACAAUUUAAAAUUAAUUUAACUGUUUAAUAAACAAUGGAGAAUUUGAAACUUGUUGCAAAUUCCCAGGACCUUCCUCUAGGUGCUUUGAUAGUCAGUGAAUUAAUAAAUUCAUCAAAAAAAGUUAAAAUAACUAUUGAGCUUAUUAAAGAAUGGAAAAAGCCAACGAAUAUUGAGUUAUCUAAUGAUAAAGAGAUCCUUUCUGAUUGGGAAACAUCUGUAGCUCGUAUAUUGUCACAACAACUUGCUCCAGAACUUGCUGGGGGUGAUAGUCGUCUAGAAAAAUGUCGAGUUAACAGUUGGAUAAGCUUCUCAAAUGGACAAUUAGCCAACAAGGAACUGAGUGAAGAUGAUCUUGAAUUUUUAAAUAAAACUUUGUCAACAAUAACUUAUCUUGUUGGUGAACGAUUGACUCUUGCUGAUAUUUACGUAUUUUUGAAAAUUAAUAAAAUGGAAAUUAAUGAAAAAUAUGAUCAUAUUAAACGUUGGUCCAAGCAAGUAUUUUCACUUCCUGAAGUGAAAAAAUAUAUUGGUGCAUCAUCGACUGAAAAAAAUAAUCAAACAAAAAAACCAGCUGUUACAAAAAAAGAUGGUCCAGGAAAAAAAGAACAAGGACAAUUUAUUGAACUACCUGGUGCUGAAAUGGGAAAAGUAAUUGUUCGUUUUCCACCAGAAGCAAGUGGUUAUCUUCAUAUUGGACAUGCCAAAGCAGCUCUAUUAAAUCAGCACUAUGCUCAAGCAUACAAAGGAAAGCUUAUAAUGAGAUUUGAUGAUACAAAUCCAGCAAAAGAAAAUGUUGAAUUUGAACAAGCUAUUUUAGAAGACUUGAAACUUCUUGAAAUAAAGCCAGAUCGUUUUACUCAUUCAUCAGAUUACUUUGAAUUAAUGUUGGAGUAUUGUGAAAAAUUAAUAACAGAAGGAAAAGCAUAUGCUGAUGAUACACCAGCUGAUAUUAUGAGAGAUCAACGUGAAAAAAAAGAACCAUCAGCAAAUAGAGAUAAUUCAGUUGAUAAAAAUAUCAAAAUGUGGAAUGAAAUGAAAGCUGGAAGUGAAAAAGGACAACAAUGUUGUAUUAGAGCUAAAAUGUUUUAUGAUUCAUUGAAUGGUGCUAUGAGAGAUCCAACAAUAUACAGAUGUAAACCAGAACCACAUCCAAGAACUGGCACAAAAUAUAAUGUAUAUCCAACAUAUGAUUUUGCAUGUCCAAUUGUUGAUAGUAUUGAGGGUGUAACAUUGACACUAAGAACAACUGAGUAUUUAGACAGAGAUGAUCAAUUUUAUUGGUUUAUUGAUGCACUUGGUUUACGUCGUCCUCAUAUCUGGGCAUACUCAAGACUCAACAUGACAAAUACUGUAUUAUCUAAAAGAAAAUUAACUUGGUUUGUCAAUGAGGGACUUGUUGAUGGCUGGGAUGAUCCACGUUUUCCAACUGUACGUGGAAUAGUACGUCGUGGAAUGACUGUUGAGGGGCUUAAACAAUUUAUCAUUGCUCAAGGUAGCUCAAGAUCUGUUGUAUUUAUGGAAUGGGAUAAAAUAUGGGCAUUCAAUAAAAAAGUCAUUGAUCCAAUUGCCAUUAGAUACACUGCAUUGAAUAACAAUGAAUUAGUUCCUGUUAAAAUUGAUGGAGCAAGUGAAGAUACUUUGACUGUACAAAAUCAUCCAAAAGAUCCAUCAAUUGGUACUAAAAAAAUUAAAGUUGGAGCCAAUAUUCUCAUUGAACGAACAGACGCUGAAACACUUGUUGAAGGAAAUAAUGCAACUUUUGUUCAUUGGGGAAAUAUUCUUAUUCAAAAAAUCAACAAAAAAAAUGGUGUUAUUACGAGUGUUGAUGGUAAAUUAAAUUUAGAAAAUAAAGAUUAUAAAAAUACAGUUAAAUUAACUUGGUUAAUUGAUGAUCGAAGUGAUAAAUCAUCAAGUGAUAAAUCAGUACCAUGUUAUGCUGUUUACUUUGAUCAUAUUAUUAGUAAAGGUGUUCUUGGUAAAGAUGAUGACUUUAAAGAUUUUGUUGGUAAAGAAACAAGGAAAGAGGUCAAAUUGAUGGGUGAAAGUGAAUUGACUAGAGUCAAGAAAGGUGAAAUAAUUCAACUUCAAAGAAAAGGAUUUUUCCGUUGUGAUGUACCAUAUAUGCCAGCAAGUGGAUUUACAUCUUGUGAACAGCCACUUGUAUUGUUCCAUAUUCCAGAUGGACAUUCAACAGCAUCAGCAGCUCCAAAAAAAACUGAAACUAAAAAAUCAGUUACAUCAGUAAGCAAGGACUCUUCACCAAGUGGUUCAUCUGCUGAUGAAUUGUCAUCAAAAAUUGCUGCUCAAGGCGAAAAAAUAAGACAAUUAAAAGCAGACAAAGCUGAAAAAGCUGUCAUAACUCCUGAAGUUAAUUUGUUGCUUAAAUUAAAGAGUGAUUACAAGUCAGCCACUGGCCAAGAGUGGAAAGCAUCUCCAGUUACAGCAAGUUCUAAUAAUUCAGCUGAUGAUAUUUUAUCAAAAAUUGCUGAUCAAGGUGAGAAAGUGAGACAAUUAAAAAGUGCCAAAGCUGAUAAAGCAACUGUAACAGAAGCAGUUGCAGUUCUUUUAAAAUUAAAAGAUGAAUAUAAAAAAGUCACUGGUCAAGAGUGGAAGCCAACAGCAGUAAAAAAAGAGACACCAUCAUCAACAACAAGUGAAAAACAAGUGGUCUCAUCAAACAAUCAAGCUUCUAGUGUAGAAAGUGAUUUAUCAAAAAAAAUUGAGACACAAGGUAAUAAAGUUAGAGAGCUAAAAAGUGCCAAAGCUGAUAAAGCAACUGUAACAGAGGCAGUUGGAGUUCUUCUAAAAUUAAAAGAAGAUUAUAAAAAAGUCACUGGUCAAGAGUGGAAGACACCAGCAGUUAAAAAAGAGACACCAUCAUCAACAAGUGAAAAACAAAUGGCUUCAUCAAACAACCAAGCAUCUGGUCUUGAUAAUGAUUUGUCAAAAAAAAUUGAGACUCAAGGUAAUAAAGUUAGAGAGCUAAAAAGUGCAAAAGCUGAUAAAGCAACAGUAACAGAGGCAGUUGGAGUUCUUUUGAAAUUAAAAGAAGAAUAUAAAAAAGCCAAUGGUCAAGAGUGGAAGUCACCAACAGUUAAACAAGAGACACCAUUAUCAACAAGUGAAAAACAAAUGGAUUCAUCAAACAACCAAGCAUCUAGUCUUGAUAAUGAUUUGUCAAAAAAAAUUGAGACUCAAGGAAAUAAAGUUAGAAAGCUAAAAAGUGCCAAAGCUGAUAAGGCAACUGUAACAGAGGCAGUUGGAGUUCUUCUAAAAUUAAAAGAAGAUUAUAAAAAAGCCACUGGUCAAGAGUGGAAGCCAACAAAUGCUGCUGCAACUACAGACGCCAAGUCAAGUAACAGUAACAGUAACACCAAAGCCAAGACAUCUGAAAAGCAACAACAAAAAAAAGAAAAACCAAAAGUACAAGCUGAAAAAAAAGAUGAUAGCUCCAAAACCGGAACAAGAUUAGGUCUUGAAGCUAGAAAAUUAGAGGAUUUAUCAAAUUGGUAUUCACAAGUUAUUGUUAAAGGUGAAAUGAUUGAAUAUUAUGAUGUUUCUGGAUGUUAUAUUCUUCGUCCAUGGAGUUAUUCAAUUUGGGAUAUAAUAGAAGACUUUUUCGAUGGUGAAAUAAAAAAGCUGGGUGUUGAAAAUUGUUCUUUUCCAAUGUUUGUAAGUAAAAGUGCUUUAGAAAGAGAAAAAGAUCAUAUUGAUGAUUUUGCACCAGAAGUUGCAUGGGUAACUAAAUCUGGUGAUUCUGAUUUGGCUGAACCAAUUGCAAUUAGACCAACAUCUGAGACUGUCAUGUAUCCAUCAUAUGCUAAAUGGCUUAAAUCAUAUAGGGAUCUUCCAUUAAAAUUAAAUCAAUGGAACAGUGUUGUAAGAUGGGAAUUUAAACAUCCACAACCAUUCCUUAGAACACGUGAAUUUCUUUGGCAAGAAGGUCACACGGCAUUCUUAACAAAACAAGAAGCUGAUGAAGAAGUACUACAAAUUCUUGAACUUUAUGCUAGAAUUUAUGAAGAAUAUCUUGCAAUACCAGUUGUACGUGGUAGAAAAAGUGAAAAAGAAAAAUUUGCUGGUGGUGAUUAUACAACAACUGUUGAAGCAUUUAUAUCAGCAAGUGGUAGAGCAAUACAAGGUGCAACAAGUCAUCAUCUUGGUCAAAAUUUUUCAAAAAUGUUUGGUAUACAAGUUGAAGGAGCUGAAGAAGGCAGUGGAAAAUCAUAUGUCUAUCAAAAUUCUUGGGGUAUUACAACAAGAACAAUUGGUGUCAUGGUUAUGGUCCAUGGUGAUGAUAAAGGUCUAGUGUUACCACCAAAAGUUGCUAAGGUUCAAGCAAUUAUUGUUCCAUGUGGAAUAACAGCAACAACAUCACCAGAACAAAGAACAAAAUUAAUGAAUGAAUGUAAGAAACUUGAAAAUGAAUUAAAAAAAGAUAAUAAACUUAAAGUUGACGGUGAUUAUCGUGAUAAUUAUAGUCCAGGAUGGAAAUUCAAUCAUUGGGAAUUAAAAGGUGUUCCAAUAAGAGUUGAACUUGGUUUUAAAGAUUUAGAAAAAAACCAAGUUACUCUUGUUAGACGUGACAAUGGCGAAAAAUUAACAGCCAAUAGAAUAAAUAUUCUUGAUACAAUUUUACAAACUCUUGAUAAUAUACAAGCCAGUAUGCUUGCCAAAGCAACCAGUGAAUUAAAUCAACACAUCAUACAAACAAAUGAAUGGACAGAAUUUUGUAAAAAACUUGAUGAAAAGAAUUUAUUACUUUCACCAUUCUGCGGUGAAAUAAGCUGUGAAGAUAAAAUCAAAGCUGAGAGUACUAGAGAAGAGAGUGAUGCUGGUGCACCAUCAAUGGGAGCAAAAACUCUUUGUAUACCAUUUGAACAACCUAACAUUGAUAUCAAUGGAAUCAAAUGUGUUCAUCCAGAUUGCAAAAAUAAAGCUAAAUACUUUACUCUUUUCGGUAGAAGUUAUUAAUGCUUUUUCUUUUUUUUUUUCUAUCAAAAACACUUGUUUAAAAAAAUAAGUAAAUAAAAAUUAUAAUUUUCAUUAAAAGAUAAA